AUUCUUUCUCUCUCCUCUCGUCUGACUUCUAGUUCUAAUUCGAGCUUGAAGAUCUUACUUUCAUUCAAGCUUUCUCUCUCAUCUGAAACCCAGAAAAUCUCCAAAAAUAAAAUAAAAUUAGUGAGCCGUUGAAAUUCAAAUUCAAAAAAAAUUGAAAUUUUCCGAAUGAAAUUGAAGAUUGAAGAAAUUCUUGUCGUUGUUGAGAGAUAUUUAGAAAGAUGAUCGUGAGAACAUAUGGUCGGCGAAAGAUCGGGAGAACUUUAUCAGAAACAUCACUAGACGACGACGUAUUAGCUAUGGAAGAAGAAGAAGAUGAUGAUCCUUUUACUUUCAGAGAAACAACAACAACAACAACAUCAACUUCGUAUUCUCUAUCUUUUUCGCAAUUCCAGGAAAGUCCUCAAGAAAUUGGGAAUUUUACCUUCUCAUCCCAAGAUUCAACUCGCUGGGUUAACUCAGAUUCCGAAAACAACAACAACAACAAUAAUGAUAGUAGAAACUCGGGGUUGCAGUUGUUGAAGAAGAAGAAGAAGGGUUGUGGGAGGAGAGAGAAAGUGAGGAGGUUAGAGAGAGAAAGAGAGAAGGAAGAAGUAUCGUUGUCGAUGCCGAAAACGACGUCGUUAAUGGAAACGCAAGAGUAUGGAGAGAUGAUGGAAUGUAUGGAUGAGGUGGAUUUUGCAUUGGAUGGAUUGAGAAGAGGGCAAGGGGUUAGGGUUCGUCGGGCGAGUUUAUUGUCUUUGUUGAAUCUUUCUGCUUCUUCUCACCAACGUCGCCUCCUUAAAUCUCAGGGCAUGGCAAGGAAAAUUGUUGAUGCCAUAUUGGAUUUGAGACUUGACGAUUCACCGAGCAAUUUGGCUGCUGCAACUCUGUUUUAUAUUUUAACAAGUGAUGGCCAGGACAAUUAUCUCUUGGAUUCAUCACCAUCCAUUCGGUUUCUGCUGAAGUUGUUGAAACCAGUAGUUGCUGAAACUGGCCCAGACAAAGCACCGAGCAUCAGCCAGAAACUUCUUGCGCUGCGGAAGGAUAUGCUUCUCUCGCACGAUAUGACAAAUAGGGUAGAUUCAAACUCCACUACGAUAAUCCAGAAGGUUCUGGAGACUCUUGUAAGUUGCAAGGACUUGAAAGCUAGUAACGUGGAGAGUGAUGACUUGUCAAGGACGGAGUUGAACCCAAAUUGGAUAUCUUUAUUGACUAUGGAAAAGGCUUGCUUGUCAACAAUUUCUAUGGAAGAUACCUCUGGCGCAGUAAGAAAAACCGGUGGCAACUUUAAGGAAAAACUACGAGAGCUAGGGGGACUUAAUGCAGUAUUUGAGCUUGCAAUGAAUUUUCAUUCCACUUUGGAGGGUUCAAUUGUUACAGAUUCAACAAGGAAGUCGAAAGAUAGCAGGCUGCAAUGUCUUCCUUUGCUAUUGAAAUGCUUAAAAAUUAUGGAGAAUGCCACAUUCUUAAGCAAGAAAAAUCAGAGUCAUUUACUCGGACUCAAAGGAAAUUUGGCUGCUGGUCAAGGCUCCUCUUUAUCCUUUGUAAAACUCAUGAUCAGUUUUAUCAAGAUUCUUUCAGAGCUCUUGCUACUGAGAACUUCCUCCGUCAAUUCUAGUCCUGAUAUGCCUACAAAUCAUUCAAAUGGGUUGGAUCCUGAUCUUUUUUUCAGUUUAGAACAGAAAGUGGAUAGCUAUGGGGUUCCCUCCUUGCGUUCUUCUCAGGAGUGUAGUAGUUCAGGAAGAUACUCUUGGGAUACAGGCUUGAGUACAUCCCAUAGCACCCAGCGGUCAUCUAGUUCUCAACUCGAUUCAUUACCAUCAUAUUCUGGAGCCACAACUUUUGGAGUGGGAAAUUGCUUGAUAGAGAAAGCAGCUAGUUCCUUUGGAUCUGGUUCGUGCAGUCUUACUUCAAAAAGUACUAAUUCCGGAGCACCUGCAAAUGGUCAUAGUUCAAAAACAAAGCUGGCUCUUGCUAAGAGCCCAUAUGAUUAUGAUGACGACAUGUUUACGGAUCUAGAGGACAGUCAAGAUCCUUUUGCAUUUGAUGAAGAUGACUAUGCACCCUGUAAGUGGGAAGCACUUUCUGGAAGACAUAAAGGGCAGCAUAAACAAAAAAGAAGGACGGCAUUUAGAGAUGCGGAAGCUGAAUGUUUAUCGCUGCCAAUGUUGAGUCAGGGAGACUGUCCAUCUCAGCCAAUGUUAAGUCAGGAAGAUUUUGGCAAUGGUAAAGAAAGCGAGGGAAAUCAUAUUUCAAGUGACACUUCGUGCACAACUACUAUUGACGAAGAAAACUCCAGCCUUGUUUCUGACUGUCUGCUAACUGCUAUCAAGGUGCUCAUGAACCUGACAAAUGAUAAUGCUGUCGGGUGUCAGCAAAUUGCUGCUUGUAGUGGGCUUGAAACCCUAUCUUCUUUGAUAGCAAGGCACUUUCCUUCAUUCAGCCUUUACACCUCCGGUGAGAGAAAAGAGAAUACCUCAUCCUCACGAACAGCUCUACAACUUGAAAGCCAGGCAGAAAUACAUCUCAAUGACCAAGAGCUGGACUUUCUUGUUACUAUUCUGGGCUUGCUGGUUAAUAUGGUGGAGAAUAAUGGUGAUAACAGAUCACGACUUGCAACUGCUGAAGUUUCAUUACAUUGCUCAGGAAGGUUGCAUGAAGUUCAUACAGGUGUGGUACCACUACUGUGCGCUAUCUUUUCGGUCAACAGGGGAGCUGGUGAGGCUGCCGAAGAAGAACUUCAGUCUUGGGAUGCUGAGGAAGUUGUCUUGCAAGGAGAAAAAGAAGCUGAAAAGAUGAUUGUAGAAGCAUAUGCUGCUCUGCUGCUGGCAUUUCUCUCCACAGAAAGCAAAAGCAUUCGCAACACUAUUGCAAGUUACCUCCCGGAUCGCAGCUUGAAAGUUCUUGUCCCUGUGCUGGAGAGAUUUGUGACGUUUCAUCUCACAUUGAACAUGAUCUCGCCAGAGACCCAUAAAACCGUGAGUGAAGUAAUUGAAUCAUGUAGAAUCCCUUGAAAGAGCAAGAGUGGGGCUGUGUACAGGUUUGCCUGCUGAUUAAAUGUUCCAGUCGGGAUUGACUAUUUGGCGAUUGCGACUUGAGCUCUCGGGAUCCAGACAUCCACUGGACCAAUAUCAAUGCCUAUAGCAGAAAAGAAAUAUGGUAUCUUUUGUGGUCAACUAAAGUUGAAGAAUGUAGUUUGUGUUUUAGCCAAAGUAGCCUCACUGAUAGUUUUUCUUCUUUUUAUUAUAUAUUUUUGAUGCUCUUGUAAUUCUUUUAUUUCACAUUGAAAGUCUUAGCUACAUAUCCCGCCUUGUCUCGAGGACGAGGAUAUUUGAUAGUGUAUACGGAGAUGAUGGCAAUGCCUGUAAUCAAAAUUGUAAUGUGUAAUUGUUCGUCAUUGUAAUGCUUUCAUCUCGUUUCUGUAUUA